AUUCAACGCUUCGGAGCCCCUGUGGGGCUCAGCGCUUUCGUGGGUCGAUGUUGCUAUACCACCCGAGGAAGCACCAAUGGACGUGCACUCGACAAGCACUCUCCUGCGCCGUACUUACUACCUGCCACGAACAGGUCAUCUGCCUUAGUCAGGUUCGCCGCUCUCCGAGAUGUAUCUCGACCACGUCGUGGAUUGCCAAACUAUAUAACGGGCAUUGUAACGAGAUCGUGCUCCAUCGACAAUCUACACACCCUCCCGUCCUCUCACGCCAGCCAUGUCAAUCCCAGCGCAGCAGAAAGCUCUAGUUCUCGAAGCCAAAUUCGGGAAGUUUGCCGUGCAAACGACGGACGUCCCGCGCCCCGGUCCCGGUGACCUGCUGGUGAAGAUCGAGGCCACAGCGCUCAAUCCGGCGGACUGGAAAAUACAGACAUAUGGCGCGCUCAUCAAUGCGUACCCUGCAGUCCUAGGAACCGAUGGGUCCGGCAUCGUGAUCGCGGUCGGUGAGAAGGUCUCAUCGGAGGCAUUCGCCGUCGGGGACCGCGUCACUUUCCAAGGCGAUAUUGACAUGGAGAAGCAGACGAUGCGUGGUACAUAUGCCCAGUACCUCACCCUCCCCCACGAGUUCGUUGCAAAGUUUCCGGACAACUUGUCUUUCGACGAAGCAGCCACUGUUUCGAGCGGUGUCGCGACGGCCGCCUUGCCGCUGUACAAUCAUGUCGAAGGAGCAGACUCGGUCAAGCUCUUCCCUCCUUGGAAGGAGGGCGGAAGGGGGAAAUACGCGGGGAAAUCGUUCCUCGUCGUCGGUGGGGCCACAUCCAUGGGACAGUUCGCUAUUCAGUUUGCUCGCCUGUCUGGUUUCUCCCCCAUCGUGGCAACCGCCUCCGUCCACCAUUCCGCGUUCCUCAAAACUCUGGGAGCGACACAAGUCGUGGAUCGCAAACUCGCAGCCGGAGAGCUCCAGGCCGAGUUCGCCAAGAUUGCGAGCGGGCCGUUUGACGUUGUCUAUGACGCUGUUUCCGUCGCGGACACCCUCCAUCUCUCCCUGGCUGCCACUGCCCCCGGCGGCCACCUCGUUGUCGUCCUUUCCCCUGCGGAGACGGCUGAAGAGGCUAGAAAGCAAGGGAAGAACGUGCACUUUGCGCAGGGUCUGUUUAUGCAACCAAUCAACCGAGAGGUGUCUGGGCCGCUGCUCUCGAGCCUUCCGAAGUUGCUUGAAACCGGCGACAUCAAGCCCAACAGGGUUGAAGUCCUCUCUGGCGGACUGAACGGGGUCGUUGGUGGUUUGGAGCGGCUGAAGGCUAACCAAGUUAGUGGUGUGAAGCUCGUCGUUCACCCGCAAGAGACAGCCUGAAUAGUGUGAGACGGAGGAAUACUUCUAUUCCCAUGGCUCCUCAGUCUGAGCAAAGUGUCGUUUGGACCGUGUAUCUACCUGGAGUUUGUCUUGGUUCAUUUCGAAUCACGGUCCGGAGGAUCAUCAGAAAUGUCAACCUCUCAGACG